GAGGAGACCUUAAUUCCUCUUUUCAGCUCUUUUUCAGCAGUGAUCAGAUUAAAUAUCAACUCCCUACCACCCCCACCUUUGAGUGUGUGCAUUACAAAAAAUGACUGAUCUUUGAGCCUUGUAUUAAGCAAUGCUGAACAUCUCCCAGCUGGUUUGCUGUGUUGCAUUUUUUACCCGUUUGGACACUGCAGUUAUAGGCUUGGUCAGUCCCUCAGUCUCCAUGCCUCAGUAAAUAAAAAUAACAUUCCGUCAAGGGCAGACGUGUAGCAACAUUUCAAGCUUCAAGAAAGAACUGGCAUAAACCGUUCAGUGGAAGACAAUGGAGCUCUGCAAAGAUACCUCUAUGGAAAUGAAUGAUGGGUACAGAAUUCCUGUGAUCGGAUUUGGUACCUUCGCCCCUGAUAUAGUUCCAAAAAGUAAGUGUGAGGAGGCUGUAAAGGUGGCUAUUGAAGUUGGCUACCGCCAUAUAGAUGGAGCCUAUCUCUAUGAGAAUGAGAAGGAGAUUGGGCAAGCCAUUCGAGAGAAGAUUGCAGAUGGAACAGUCAAAAGAGAAGACAUAUUUUACACAGGAAAGCUUUGGAGCACCUUUAACACUCCUGAGAUGGUCCCUUCAGCCCUGGAAAAGUCACUGAAGAGCCUGCAGUUUGACUACAUUGAUCUCUAUAUUAUUCAUACACCCCUAUCUUUAAAGCCUGGAGAUGAUUUAUUCCCAGUGGAUGGAAAUGGAAAAUUGAUUUUUGAUAAUGUAGACCUGUGUGCCACUUGGAAGGCCAUGGAGGCAUGUAAAGAUGCAGGCUUGGUGAAGUCCAUUGGACUGUCCAACUUCAAUCGCAGACAGCUGGAGAUGAUCCUGAACAAACCUGGACUCAAGUACAAACCUGUCUGCAACCAGGUUGAAUGUCAUCCUUACCUCAACCAAAGGAAAUUGCUGGAAUUCUGCAAAUCCAAAAAUAUUGUCCUGGUGGCUUUUAGUGCCUUGGGAUCUCACAGAGAUGAGAGAUGGGUGGAUCAAAGCUCUCCACUUCUGCUGGAGGAUCCAAUACUGAACGCUCUGGCCAAAAAAUACAACCGAAGCCCAGCUCUAGUAGCCCUGCGCUACCAGCUGCAGCGUGGUGUGGUAGUCCUUGCCAAGAGCUUCACCAGAAAGCAUAUUGAAGACAACUUUAAAGUGUUUGACUUCCAGUUGACAGAGGAGGACAUGAAAGCCAUUGAUAGCCUGAACCAAAACCUUCGCUAUGACCCGUGUCAAGAAUAUUUGGACCAUCCUGAGUAUCCAUUUGCUGAUGACUAUUAAAGAGGAUUCAUUUGCAAUUCCUAUGUUGUUAGCAAAUAGUAAUAAUGAUCUAUACCUAAGGCCAAUUCUAGAGGAAAAAUACCAUUUAUAACACCGUUUCCACCAACUUGUCUACUGUGUAAUUUAACCUAGAGAGUAAGCAGCUAAAUCUCAUCCUUACAAUGACUUGUCUUCUUUCUUUUGAUAAUGUUGAGGGGGGAAAGGCAUGUUUUGUAUAUAAUCAGUUCCUGCCCCUGAUCUUUCAUAAAUAUUUUGUCUUCAUUCUGAGCUGCUAGAACUUAAUCCCUGGGAAUGCACUGUGCCUCUUGAAAAUCUCAGCCAAGCUUGUGUGUAAAAAAUAUAGUGACUAACCAAACAUUAGGUGGUGGUAUAGCCUUGUUCAUUCCAGGAUUUUAAGUAGACAAGUGGGGUGAGGUAUUAUCUUUUGUUGGAUCAGUUUCUGUAAGCCAAUGAGGCAAGUUUUUGAGUUACACACAGCCUACAUGACCUGAAGGAGAGCUCUGUGUAAGCUUCUCUAUCACCAACAGAAGUUGGUCCUAUAAAAGAUAUUACCUCACACACCCCCACCUUGUCUUUCAAACAUCAGGU